AAUAAAUAUUAUUGUGAGCACUGAGCUUCAAUUUUUAUAUUUAAAUAUUUAAAUUAUUGCAGGUUUUUUAUUUUGGUAUUUCUAGUUUGUUUCACUUCACUAGAGACAAAAUUUAAUUAACACGCUCAAAUCUGUUUCAAAGAACUACAUAUUGGCAUAACCGGGACGCGACGAGCUACCGAACUCCCACUGCAAAUCAAUUUUGUUGCAAAACGUUGUCAUAGAUUGUGCUGAAGAUCGGAUAUUUAACCAUAGAACCAUUAAACUCUAUCAAGCGGAAUGGCAUAAAACAACAUGUUGGGCUCUUCGAUAUGUUAUUUUACAAUCAAUACCAGGCACGAUGCGGUUUCAGCUGAUGAUCUGUGCUGUCAUCGGAUUAUUUCUAGGAUUCACCAUCAAUGUUCAAGAUGCCGUCAUCUUCAAAUUUACGAACGCCGUGUGUGAAAGUUACAACCAGUCCUGGUACGUGUUCCACACUUGUCGUCUGAAGGCCCUCAGUCGGAGCAAAGUGGUCUUGAAUAUACAUGGAACGGUGCUACAUCCGGCCAAGGAUAUAUCCCUACGUACCAGAGUUUUCAAAAGGGCAAGUGGCUAUAAGCCCUGGUUAUUCAACAUUUACUUCGAUGGUUGUCUAUAUAUGCGAAGGCGGAAUGUGCCCUUUAUUAAUAUUGUCAAUGGGUUACUAAAAGAGUUUACCAACAUAAACCACACAUGUCCGUAUGUGGGUCCACAAAUCGUCAAGGAUUUUUAUCUAAAACCUGAACUGUUGCUUCUUCCCUUUCCAACGGGGGAUUAUAUGUUUGCGAUUCAAUGGUUUUUCGAUAAGAGGCUACAAUUUGACACUAAUGUCAGUUUUAUAUUCGUGGAGGAUCUACUGAAUAAAAAUUAAACCAACAAAUGGAGUGGAAGCGGGUUUUCUUCGAGGGCGUAAAAGGAAUUAAACAUAUGUACCAUGUGCAUUGAAAAGAUUAUUAAUGGAGUACCUUUAGCUCCAUUCAGAAGGGAUUUUGGAUUCAAAAAGUUCGCUUUUGUUUUCUCGCUCACUGUCUUAACAG